UCCAAUGCCAAAUGCAUUCCUCCAUUAUAUACAAUGGUACUGAGAAAUAAGUGGAUCAUAUGUGUAUGCAUGAACACUACGCUGGGUCUCCUGAAUGCUCUUGCACAGGGGUAUAAGGGAAGACAAAGUGCUUAAAGGAAGCUGUCGAUGAAUGGAAUUUCGUGAAUUCAUCUACAACAUCCUCAUGCCAAUUUAGAAUUACGCACCGUUCAAUAAUUCUCUCCGAGAUAGUUAUCGACCAUGCUGCCAAAAGAACUUGAUACACAUAUCAUGGUUGAUUGCGAACUUGCCGGGCACCCUAACCUGAUCAAACCAGCGAUUACCCAAAUCGGUGCCAGUUUUUUCGACAUUGAGACAGGAGAGGAAAAAUCACGCUUUGAAGUAUACCCAAGUUUACAGUCCUGCCUUGCCCAUGGGCUAGUCCAAGAUCAUGUUACGAUGCAGUGGGUUAACAUAAAUUGUCCCCAAGUACUCAAAAUGAGCGAAGAGAGCACUGUGACUCUCAAAGAGGCAUUACAAGCAUUUACAGCCUGGAUUGAAAGCUGUAAAAAUGCUACGUACGACACGAUAAUAAAAAGUGGUGGACGAUAUCAGUUUGGAAACACCCUAUUGUGGGCAAACGGAAGCAUGCAGGACAAUCGAUGGCUUCAUUUCGCAUAUGAAGCUUGCAAGUUGAAGCAGCCCGUGAUGUUCUGGCAGUACAGGUGCGCAAUGACAGCAAACUAUACGGCCAGCAAGAUAACGAAACGAAACUUCCGCAAGGAAGCAGAUCUAGACCGUCAAGGGCAAAAACACGAUGCUGUACAAGACUGUCUGCAUCAAACUGGAUGGUUGGUAAAGGGUCUAAACGCAUCAAUGGGAAAGCAAGCCAUUAGUAUCCCUUUUUCUGCCUCUUCUAUUCCCUCUGCCUCUUCUAUCCCCUCCGGCUCUCCUGUCCCCGGAAGACCAUCGAAAAAGCGAAGACUCGAUUGCGACGAUAAAUGAAAGCGGGGUCCACCAUCUUAAUGACAUGGGCCUUUGGAAGUCGACGAGACAAAGAAAGACUUGAUCAACAGUAGGCGUUAUGAAUGUUUUGGAAUUAGCCCUAACAGGGAGAAUUUAUCCGAGAGACAAAGAACGUAGAAAAGGGCUUCUAGAAGGAGCUCGGCUGUCAUUUUCAGAAGACUUUUCAUACUUGAAUUGAAGGGUGAUUAGAGCACGCAUCUACCGAAGUCUGUCUAAUAUCAAUAUCAUCAACCACGCUACACAGCGGACGUAUGAACCAAUCUGACACCAUGAAAACAAAAUUUGUCCUUUUGAUC